AUGACCCAUGACAAGAAGGCAGCCUUGUACAAGGUUUUCUCUGGCGGAGAAGCAGCAAAAGCACAAGCAGCAAAAGCACAAGCAGAAGCAGCAAAAGCAGAGGCGGAAGCACGAGUAGCAGAAGCGGCAGCACCAGCACAAGCAUUACCCGAUCAAUAUGCUUCUGUUCUCCUCGAUAUGGCUGUGAGAAACAUGUCAGUCGGCUGUGAGAAAAUCAGCGAGAACCGCACAACGCAUGAGUCGCAAACCGUCAGGAACGAAGCCAUAAGGUUCUAUGGUUUGCAUUCAGAAAACACAUUUCAAAUUCUGGGCGUUGGGACCUUACACGUACAGAACGCCCAUAUUUGGCCUUACAACAACAAAGAGAAUUUGAUUUUGUGUGACUUGAACGAGACGGACAUUGAUAACCCAAGGAAUGUACUCCGGCUCCACAAAGAUAUUGAGCACCAUUUCGACAGGAUGCAUCUCACAUUAGUCCCAGAUGGCGACGGUUUCACUCUGAAGAUUUUGGAUCCAACGGUGAAGUCCUCACCAAUCCAAGAUGCCAAGAGCAACCAACCCAGUACCAUUGGUGAAGUUGAGGGCAAGCAACUCAUAUUGAGCCCCAAACACGGGAAGCCAUGGCGACGCCUUCUUGGCACUCACUCCAUUCUUGCCCAUCGGAAAGCUCGACUGAACCGACACAUUGAAUCAGAAGACCUAAGCGCUGCAGAGGUGAACGCAAACGAAUUGAUGAAGUGGUCUUUGGUCAGGGAGAAGCAGGAGCGAAUCCAAUUUCUGCUGCGAAGGUCUGCAGUGCAGACUGAAAAUCCCGAAUGA